CGCCUCUUGUCCGGCCCCCUGAUCUUUCUGUCCAUUGGCUUCUUCGGGUCUAUUUUUCAUGUCCAGCCCCUAAUGAGUGUCCAUUGGUUUUGUUAUUUCCACUCCCUCCUCCCACUCCACGGCUUUGCCCUGCCCAUGUUCUGUAUGUCUGUGUCCAUCCAUCUCCUGACGUUCAAGUUCGCAGGGACGUCACGUCCGCACUUGAACUUGCAGCUCAGGGGGGCUUUUGCCAUUUUUUCAUCUCUCUCUCUCUCUUUUCAAAAAAGCCAUGACGGCUAUCCCACAAUCCAUCUUCCCUGCGCCAUCUUUGUAUUAUUUCUAAUUUAUUUUGGAUGUCAAAGGCAUUGAUGAAGAUAUUUUCUCUGGAGUCUCCCUUCUAACCCGGCUCUCCCGAUGUGAACCGAGCUGCAAGCCACCACCAACCACCAUGUCUCGCCGCAAGCAAGGCAAACCCCAGCACUUAAGCAAACGGGAUUUUUCGCCCGAGCCCCUGUCAGCCGUGGUCUCGGAGGAGAGGCAGGAACAGCGCGGGCUGGUACAGGUAGCUCCAGAGGGAGACCAGGACCUGCUCACCUGUGGCCAGUGUCAGAUGAACUUCCCUUUGGGAGACAUCCUUAUUUUCAUUGAGCACAAAAGGAAGCAGUGCAAUGGCACUUUGUGCAUGGACAAAGCAGUGGAUAAGCCCCCCUCGCCAUCGCACGCUGAGCUAAGGAGAGCCUCCAACCCGGUGGAGGUGGGCGUCCAGGUCACGCCAGAGGAUGAUGACUGCUUAUCAACGUCUUCUCGAGGAAUCUGUCCCAAACAGGAAAACAUUACAGGUAAAGAUGAGCCCAGCAGCUACACUUGCACAACCUGUAAGCAGCCGUUCAGCAGUGCUUGGUUUCUCCUGCAACACGCCCAAAACACUCAUGGCUUCCGAAUCUACCUUGAGAGUGAACGUGGAAGUCCGCUCACACCCCGAGUGGGAGCUCCUUCGGGAAUGGGCGCGGAUUGCUCCUCUCAGCCUCCUUUGCAUGGCAUCCAUCUCCCGGAGGGAAGUCCGUUCAACCUCCUACGAAUACCGAACUCUGGACGUGAUGGGCCCCCUCUGCGAGAGGGGCGGUUUCCUCCUACGCCGCCUCUUUUUAGCCCUCCACCUCGUCAUCACUUGGACCCUCAUCGCAUGGAGCACCUGAGCCCGGAGGAGCUGGCUUUGGCCACCCACCACCCGAGUGCCUUCGACAGGGUGCUACGCCUCAACCCCAUACCCAUGGAUCCCCCAGCUAUGGACUUCUCUCGUAGGUUGAGAGAGCUUGCUGGUAACACCUCAGGGUCAACUCCUCCUCUUUCACCUAAUCGGCCCAGCCCUAUGCAACGGCUACUACAACCAUUCCAGUCAGGAACCAAGCCGCCCUUUCUCUCCACCCCUCCCCUACCUUCCAUGCAGUCACCCUCUGGCUCCCAGUCCACCCCAACCCCUCUCAACCAACAGUCCAACACGCCCAUGAAGACCAAGUCUUGUGAAUUCUGUGGGAAAACCUUCAAGUUCCAGAGUAAUUUAAUAGUGCAUCGACGCAGUCACACGGGUGAGAAACCAUACAAGUGCCAUCUGUGCGACCAUGCUUGUACGCAGGCCAGCAAGUUGAAAAGGCACAUGAAGACACACAUGAACAAGUCAUCGCCCACAACGGUCAAAUCCGAUGAUGGCUUGUCCACAGCCAGCUCCCCUGAACCAGGAACCAGCGACUUGGUGGGUAGUGCCAGUAAUGCCCUCAAGUCUGUGGUAGCCAAAUUCAAGAGUGAAAAUGACCGCAUGAUUCCAGAAAAUGGAGAGGAGGAGGAGGAAGAGGAAGAAGAGGAGGAGGAGGAAGAAGAGGAGGAAGAGGAAGAAGAGGAAGGAGAAGAGGAGGAGCUGGAACGGGAAAGGGAGAGAGAGAGGGAGAGGGAGAGGGAUAGGGACCGAGAUGGAGGGAGAAACAACUACCACUUCGGUCUCAACCUUCAAGCUGCACGACACCACGAGAACAACGGUGGGCGUCUGGGCGAGGAUGGGAUUCCACGCUCACUGCCUGAGGUUAUGCAGGGCAUGGGCCUGGCUGCCAGCAUGCAGCACUACAGUGAGGCAUUUCACCAACACAAGCGGGGAGCCCUAAACUCUGACAAUGAUGCACAUAGGGACAUGUGUGAUGAGGAUUCGGCUCUAGAAUCAGACAGAGUGGACGAGGGUUGCGGCUCAGCUAUCAAUGGCCGAGGCUCUUCUCCCAGCGAAUCUGCCUCUGUGGGCUUGUCCAAGAAGCUCCUGCUUGGUAGUCCCAGUUCACUUAGCCCUUUCUCCAAACGAAUCAAGCUGGAGAAGGACUUUGAUCUCUCCACCCCUACAAUUCCCAACACUGAGAAUGUUUAUUCCCAGUGGUUGGCUGGUUAUGCUGCUUCUAGGCAGCUCAAGGACCCCUUUCUGAAUUUCGGGGAUUCCAGACAAUCGCCUUUCGCCUCAUCUUCAGAGCACUCCUCAGAGAAUGGAAGCCUGCGCUUCUCUACGCCACCAGGGGACCUGGACGGCGGGGUCUCGGGCCGCAGCGGGACUGGCAGUGGCGGCAGCACGCCACAUCUCGGGGGUCCUGGUCGGCCCAGCUCAAAAGAUGGGCGUCGCACUGACACCUGUGAGUUCUGUGGCAAAAUAUUCAAAAACUGCAGCAAUCUGACAGUGCACCGGCGCAGCCACACGGGCGAAAGGCCUUAUAAGUGUGAGCUCUGCAAUUACGCCUGCGCCCAGAGCAGCAAGCUAACACGGCACAUGAAAACGCACGGGCAAGUGGGCAAGGACGUUUACAAAUGUGAAAUCUGUCAGAUGCCUUUUAGUGUGUACAGCACCCUUGAGAAACACAUGAAAAAAUGGCACAGUGACCGCGCAUUGAACAACGAAAUUAAAACUGAGUAGCGGUGGAGUGUGGUGGCUCACUUGCCUAUUAACAGCGAAUAACACCUUGGCCCACUCCCACCCUCAUCCUUGUAGAUUUCCCUGUUUCGCUAGUCCAGUGGCGGCUAAGACAACGUGCUUGGCACCACCAGCACACCUUUUUCAUUUACCGUUGAAUGCAUGAUCUGUAUCGGGGCAAUACUAUUGCAUUGACGCAAACUUGGAGCCUUUCUCUUGUGCAAUAAUUUACAUGUUGUGUACAUUUUCUUUUUUCUUUCACAUUUUGGAAGAUUUGACAGCAUGCAUGAUAUAUUUUGGCUAAUUUUAAAAAUAAAUUGUCCCUGGUUGGUUAGUUGUUUAGUAAAUGUGUUGCUGUUUUAUCGUUCAUUAUUUUACAAAUGUUUUUCCUUUGCUUUUCUUUUUUUGAGAUCUAAGAAAAAGAAAAGAAAAACCAUGCUGCAUACAUUCUGUAAUACAUAUCAUGUACAGGUUUGUGUUGUAACAUGGAAGACUGCAGGCUAUCGCUUAACCCUCUUUGGACGGGCUGGAUAUCGCACUUAAACUAAUCUUUCAAAAAGAUGUUCUGUCCACAUAGGGUUAAAAUAAUAAUUGGCCCCUAUUACAGAAUAAAAGUAAUGACAGCCUUUGAAUUUCUGAAUGAAAACAGCAUUGAGAUUUGAAUUUGUACUAUCAUUUGGUAAAACAAACAAAAAAAAAAAGAGUGCCUUGGAUAUCGUAAAAUUGCAUUGGUUAAUCUCAUUUGCUGGAAUUCUGGAGUCUCAGCUAGACAUUACACAAGGAUCGAUUUGGAUCCUCAUAAGGUUCUUGCAUCAAGUACCUGACUGCUACAGUCAACUGUGACUUUGGAGAGAAGUAGUAAUAAUCAAAAAGCGAAGGAAAUUUGUAGUUAAUCAUCAUUAGGUACCAAUGGAAAACGUAUCCUUUCGUUGGGCAUAGCACAUGCAGUAUAUGGUGUGGGAUUCCGCCUUGUUUACUAUUAUCUGAAGGUACUGUACUUAGCGGUACUAGUUUUCAAUCCACAAUCAUAUUGGAUGAAAUAAUUUUCUGUGUUUGUUCAAGUCUCAUCUUCAGUAUCACAUUUUGACAUUUCUUUGAUGGCCAUUGUUAGUGUGAACAUCCAUUGCGAAGGAACACCUGAGGGCAUUUGGAGCAAACUAAUGUAAUGUACACUUGAGAAUUGGUUAUUAAGAAAGCAUUGAAAUAUUUGCAGCUGUCAGUGAUGAUUAACUAUGAAUUGCCUACAGGUCUAAGUCAAAAUCUUAUUUCUUUAUUAUUGCCUAUGUCUGAGCUCCCUAAAAGACUAAAUGAACCUGAAAGAGCGAGCGAGCGAGAGAGGGAAAACCAUACACGUCACUUUUUUCCUUUGUUUUAUUUGAGUUUCACACAUAGUGUGGUACAAGCUGACAUUCAAGGAGACUCUAAUUUUGUUUUUUCAUUGUUGCAAGACAUCAGUGAUGUUUUUGGUGUUUAGACAGCACCUGCCACUCUGCCCUUUCUUAUUUUUAAGUAAUGCUAAUUGGAGGUCUAGUAGAGUAUAAAUUACGUUUGCUUUCUUGUUGGACAAAGAAGUGCACUGUUAAAGUUUCCCAGUUUACAGGUAUUUACGAGAGGGAAAACUUCCUAAAGAAUCAAACAUGGUGUCAUUAUUUAAUGUAAAAAAGCCAACUUCUCCUCUCACCUCAUAAAAGAUAAAGCCCAAGUCUGAGAUAAUAUUAAUGCGUCAAAGCACACAGUGCUUGACAAAGUACGGACAAUUGAAACUUGCUGCUUUCACUGCAAGAACUUUUUUUUGUACAAAUCUUUUUUUAAGUAUGAAAAUAAAAAGACUUUUUUAAAAAAGUUACAUUUCAUUAUCUUAGGGGAAACUGUAUUUAAGUUGGUUGUUUCUCUUUUGUCUUGGUGGUGUUCAAGACUUGAUUACGAUAUAUAUAAAAUGGGAAAAAUCUGUGAUUUUCUUUUUCUUUUUCCUUUCUUUUCUUCCUGCUUUUUCUUUCUUUCUUCUUUUUCAUCUUGGCUCUUCACAGCUCUUCAGGUCAAACUUGCAUUGGGGAAAGGUUUAAGAUUAUAUAUAAAAUAUAUAAUAGAGAAACUUAAAUAUAGGAAAAUGCACAUCAUGUCAGUUCCUAUGCUAAAACACAUUUAUGGUCUACUUUCUUCUGUAUUUCUAGAAUGGUAUUUGAAUUAAAUGUUCACCUAGUGUAGGUACUACAGUAUUUAUAUUGAGGCUUGUAUUUUUAACUGUUGCUUGUUCUCAAAAGGUAUUAUUGUACCUUUUUUGGUAGUGGAAAAAAAACAACAAGCUGCCACGGUAUAUUUUUUUAAUUUGGCAGGAUAAUAUAGUGCGAAUUAUUUGUAUGUUUAAAAAAAGAAAACAGAAAAAAAUCCAAUUAAAAAAUUUAAGUAUGUGGCAUUGUACAAAGGAGGCCAUUCAAUGGUUUCCCCGAGGAGUCUUUUGAGAAUGUCCACACUAGCUAAAACAGGUGGUUGUACAUAUCUUUUUUCUGUUCUUCUUUUUUAAAAUCUCCUCUGCUGCCAUUCUGUAUGCAGUACAGCAAGCUAAUGUUGGGUUGUUCUGUAGUGUGCUUCUGUCUUUUCACCUGUCUCACCUGAAUACAUUCCAGCAUCUUGAAAAAAAAGCUAACUUCAUAUGCAGUAAAAUACCAGUAAAUAAACAAACAAACAACAAAAAAAAGGUUCAAAUAAAUGAGUUCAAAUAAUCACUGUUUUGCAGGUGUUUUCUUUGUUUUGUUUUUUUCAUUGCCAAAUAUUAAAUGGUGCUUUAUAUUUAGAUUGGGACGACUUUCAUAUGCAAAGCAUAUUUAAAAAUGAAAUGGAACUAAAGGAGCAGCCCACUUAAGUUCAUACUCUUUUGUAAAUGGCAAUGCGGAAUAUUUUGUUAUCAGCCUUUUCUAUUCCUGUUAUGAGAGCUGUUUGUUGUAACUUGAACUUGAACUUUAUCUUUUUCAAUGGGAGUCACUAUUUAUUAUUGCUUAAAUACUCUGUUCAAAACGGAGACAUAGAAUGGAUCAUUUUCGUUUGUUUUCAUUUUGUUUUUCUUUAGUUUUUUAAAAAAAGAAAAUGACCAAAGGUCAUUGACAGACUUGCUUUUUUGUUGUUUUUGUUUCUGGUCUAUGUUAAGUUUUAUUGGAGAAACCACUGUCUGUGUUUUCUGGCAGUUGUCUACAUUAUCCUGUUCACCAACCAAUUUUGUCCCUUUAUUGAAAACAAUUAAUAAAAAAAUUAAAGCAUA